AUGGAAAAGUUCGAAUUAACAAAAUUUGAUAUUUCACCGGAAACAAUCGAGCGACUAAAAAAAAUUGGAAUUGAAAGUUUUUUUGAAGUUCAGUCAAAGACGUUUGAGCAUGUAAUGAACAAGGAAGACGUCAUCGCUCUAGCGAACCGAGCCCUGAAGAAUGGCGUAGAUGUUGUUGUUGGUACCCCCGGCCGUGUGAUUGACCUAUUAGAGAGCCAUACACUGAACCUCCAAUCUGUCCGCCUUGUUGUUUUGGAUGAAGUGGAUAGGAUGCUUGACAUGGGCUUUAGUGCUCACGUUGAGCAAAUAUUGGCCAGCCUUUACGACGAGGAGAGGUCUUCUAAACCUCAGACGCUUUUGUUUUCUGCAACCCUUCCGGGCUGGGUAUCUAAGAUUGCCCAAAAGUAUGUCUCGAAGGAUGCGCAUCGCGUAACUCUGGUUAACAACAAUGAGACCCGUACCGUAGACACAGUUGAGCAUCUUGCUCUGUUAUGUCCUCCACACGAGCGGGCUGCAACCAUUGCGGAUGUCAUUCGGAUGUACUCUCAUGGUCCAUCUUCUAGAUGCAUCAUAUUUUGUGAACGAAAGAAGGAAGCCGAUGAGCUUGCUUCACAUUCUGCAAUGUCGGCCGAUUGUCAUGUUUUUCAUGGUGACAUUCCCCAAGACAAGCGCGAGCUUAUACUUCAGAAAUUUCGCGAUGGGAAGUACAAAACACUUAUAACCACAAAUGUCGCCGCCCGUGGCCUGGACAUUCCCGAUGUGGAACUCGUUAUCAAUUGUGCGCCACCAUCAUCAGUAGAAGACUAUAUUCAUCGGUCGGGGCGAACAGGACGAGCAGGCAGAAAAGGCGUCAGCAUUUGUUUCUAUAGCAUGAGACAACGCCCACAACUGACUUAUAUCGAAAAUGGCACAGGCAUUCACUUCCGCAGGAUUUCAGCUCCUUCUGCAACAGAUAUUGUUGAGGUUUGGGCGAAGGACCUUUCAGGGUCUUUUGCGGAAUUGCCUGAGUCAACUUGGUCAGUUUUUCUACCUGCGGCUCGGUAUAUAGUCAGUGCUUUGAAAUCCAAUUCCAAAGGCGACAGCGGGCUUGAUGUGGACGAAGAUGAAGAUGUCAAGCCAUCGAAGAAAUCUAAAAAGCUGAAGAAGAGUAAACAAGACGACCUUCAGACAGACACAUCUCUUGUUGAAGAGAACGGAGAGGUUGGAGAUGUAGACAUGAAGAAGUCAAAGAAGUCCAGAAAAAGUAAGUGCGAUGAUUCCCAGGCAGACCAGUCAAAGUCUGUUACCGAAUGCGAACGGGCUCUUUGCUGCGCGCUGGCAAGAAUAUCUGGCAAGACGAAAGCCAUUGAAGCAAGAUCUAUGCUUACUGCUCAAGCUGGCUUAACUGCCUACAAACUCACUGUUCCUCCACACGUUACGGCCCAUCGGAAGGGACUUGCCUAUUCGCUCCUCAACCAACAACUUUCUCCUGAGAUCACGGAGACUAUUAAAAACCUUCUGUUUACCAAGGGCAGAACCGGCUUCGUAUUUGAUGUACCUGAUGUUCACAAUGCUGCAAUUGAGAAAAAUUGGCAGAAUGGGGACGGUCUCGUAUUGGAGAAGUUGACCGAAUUACCGGAGCUGGAACCUGAAGGCGAUGAAAUGAAUAACGGCGGUGGC